AUGGAGUUCCGGAAAGCUGCACGGCUUUUGCGGCUUCUAGCUCUCUUUGCAUGUGUGCACAGUCAGGAGCGCACCUCCAAUGACGCUGCGGAGUGCACUGCUUUAUUUCAAGCGCACAAGCAUCGAGCAAGACGAAGGACACAUGUUGGGCCACAGAGCAUCCCUUGCAUCAUCCAUCAGACCUGGAAAACACAUCAGCUGAACCAACCGCAGGGUAGCUAUGCAGAUUCGUGGAAAGAGAUGAAUCCAACAUGUGAAUACAAGCUUUGGAACGACACGGAGAUCACGGAGCUGGCUCAGUCCAAAUCUCCCGACUUGCUUUGGCCCAUUUGGGAGGGCUUUACGCCCGUUGAAAAGGCGGAUGUUUUUCGAUAUUUGGUCCUCUGGGCCUUCGGAGGUUACUAUGCCGAUGCCGACGUGGAAUGCGCGAGACCCAUCAAGACAUGGGAGGUGCCCGAGGAGACGGACAUGAUUGUAGGCUAUGAGUUCGGGCAUCGCUUCCCGGAGUGGCAGCGAGCAGAGAUCAAGUUUGGCCGCACCGAACAGUUUCAGCAGUGGUUCAUCGUCUCGGCUCCGCAGAAUCCACUUUUGCUUCGGGUGUUGCACAUGAUCCGACGUCGUUUCGCCUGGAAGAUUCAAAGCACACUGGAUCUCACAGGCCCUGGGGUCUUCAGUGAUGCAGUUCAUGAGUUCCUGGAGGACAACUCAGAGGAUGCAGUGCAGAAGGAGAUUGGAUUUCGCCAGUCUCCACCAGGUGCACACUAUCUGAGUUUUCCUAGUGAAAAAUUGUACGGCCUUGGGACGUGGAAACUCUGGGUCUGCGCGGCGGGUCGUGUAAACUCCUCGCCACAGGUGGCCCGGGACGAUCCGGAAGAGGGGAAAGCGCCUCUGAUCAUUCAUCAUUUUCUGGGCAGUUGGAAGACCGACAAGGAUCGCACUCCGGCCGAGCUGGCCAAAAUGGGCAAGUAA